AUGCAGGCAAUCAGAACAUUCGUGGUUACGGGCGCUAACCGCGCCAUCGAGCUUGAAGGGGAGAUGUCGAUCGCGAACAAGACAAUCGUCCUGACGGGCGCGAAUCGGGGCAUUGGGCUCGAGUGGGCGAGGCAGCUCCUGGCCAGACCAGGGAAUAGGAUCAUCGCCGGUGUUCGUCAGCCCGACAAGGCCGCAGACCUCAAGGCGCUGGGCGGAUCUCGAGUCCAGAUCCUACCCCUGGACGUCUCCAGCUCCACUUCCAUCGAGUCAUGGGCGGACGAGAUCAAGGCCUCCACGCCCCACGUUGAUGUCGUCAUCAACAAUGCCGGGGUGUACGGCGAGCGUCAGGAUCUGGGCAGUGUCACGUCCGAGAACAUGGUGAGCACCUUUGUCGCAAACACUGUUGGCCCCCUCCUCAUCGUGCAAGCCCUCGCUUCCCGAGGUCUCCUGGGAGGCUCAGCGGGCCCGACGCUGGUGGCCACCGUUUCCAGCAAGAUGGGGAGCGUGGAGGACACCAGCACGGGGUCGUACGCCUACCGUGCCAGCAAGGCGGGCGUGAACAUUGUGUGCAAGGCCCUGGCCAACGAGCUGGGGCCCAAGGGGGUCACCGUUACCCUGCUCCACCCGGGCUAUGUCAUUACCGACAUGACGGAGGGGAGGGGCCUGAUUGACACCGCCACCUCCGUGGGGGGCAUGCUGUCGGUGCUGGAGGGCGGGGACGACAUCCACGGCAAGUUCCUUGCAUGGGACAAGAAGGUGGUGCCCUGGUGA